AUGGGUUGUGUUUGCGGUAAGCCCUCUGCCAUUGAAGACAGUAGAGAUAGUCCAAGGGAGAGAUUGUCGAGUAAAAGUGCUGCAAGUUUGAGAGGGCCAAGGGCUGGUUCAUCAAGACGAGAGGAAUCAGCUUAUAGGGUUAAAGAUCGUUUGGAUAGCAUUGAUGGGAAGGCAAUGCUAAUUGAUAAACAAGUAAAUGGUUCAGUAAGAUUGCAGAGUGAGAAUUAUGAGAGGAAAAGGGAAAAGCAAGAGUUUAUUGUUGCUACGCAUCAUCCUGGAAUUGGGAUAUUACCAAAAGGGAGUGAAGGGGAACAGGUUGCUGCUGGAUGGCCACCUUGGCUUGCUGCUGUUGCCGGUGAAGCUAUCAGAGGAUGGGUGCCGAGACGAGCUGAUUCUUUUGAGAAGCUGGAUAAAAUUGGUCAGGGCACCUACAGCAAUGUUUACCGUGCUCGUGAUCUUGAUCAAGGGAAGAUCGUCGCUUUGAAGAAAGUGAGAUUUGAUAAGCUAGAACCUGAGAGUGUUCGGUUCAUGGCGAGGGAGAUUCACAUACUACGGAGGCUUGAUCAUCCAAACAUAAUAAAAUUAGAAGGUUUAGUUACUUCUAGGAUGUCUUGCAGCCUAUACCUUGUAUUUGAGUACAUGGAGCAUGAUUUGGCAGGGUUAGCGUCACACCCUGGUCUUAAGUUUACUGAGUCACAGGUCAAAUGUUACAUGCAGCAACUUUUAUGUGGACUUGAUCAUUGUCACAGUCGUGGUGUUUUACAUCGUGAUAUAAAAGGCUCCAACCUUUUAAUUGACAAUAAUGGCAUAUUGAAGAUUGCUGAUUUUGGUCUUGCUAGCUUUUUUGAUCCUCAUCAAAGCCAGCCUCUCACUAGCCGUGUAGUGACUCUCUGGUAUCGACCUCCCGAACUGCUACUCGGUGCUACUUACUAUGGGACUGCUGUGGAUUUGUGGAGCACUGGUUGCAUACUUGCAGAACUUUAUGCUGGCAAGCCAAUAAUGCCAGGAAGAACGGAGGUUGAGCAGCUUCAUAAGAUUUUCAAACUGUGUGGAUCACCUUCUGAGGAGUACUGGAGGAAAUCGAGGUUGCCCCAUGCAACAAUCUUCAAGCCCCAACAACCUUAUAGGCGUUGUGUUGCAGAAACAUUUAAAGAGUUUCCUGCACCAGCACUAGCACUUAUAGAAACUUUACUUUCAAUAGAUCCUGCCGAUCGUGGGUCAUCAGCCUCUGCCUUGAAGAGUGAGUUUUUUACAACAAAGCCACUUCCUUGUGAUCCUUUGAGCUUGCCAAAAUAUCCUCCGAGCAAGGAAUUUGAUGCUAAAGUGCGGGAUGAAGAAGCUCGAAGGCAAGCGGCAGCUGGAAACAAGGGUCAUAGAUAUGACCUAGAAAGGAGAGGAACGAGAGAAUCGCGUGCAGUCCCUGCACCCGAAGCCAAUGCUGAAUUAGUUUCAUCUAUGCAGAAAAGGCAAGGUCAAUCCAAUUCAAAAAGCAGAAGUGAGAUGUUCAACUCUCAUCAGGAAGAAGUUGCCUCUGGUUUUCCAAUUGAUCCCCCUAGACCAUCUCAGGUUGUGGAAGAAGCAAACAAUGAUCCUCAAGCGCGGCUGCAUAAGCGAGGUUCCCAUUCCGGGCCAUUGACUCACCGAGCUGCCUGGGCAAAAGCUGGAAAGAAUAUGGAAGAUGCCCCAAAACUUUCUGUUGCGGAUUUGUCAGCUAUGUCUGGUCUAGUCGCUGCGAGGAGAAGCAUGUUCUCUGAAGAUCGGCCAGACAAGUCUGGUCCACAUAAACAAGAGGUUCCUAAACUUAUAGCCAGGUUUCCUGGAUCCUUCAAAGAGGUCUCACAUUCCGCGAUGAAACAAGAGCAGAAAAAUCAUUCACUUGCGAGCUCACAUCAAAAUGAGGAUGGUAGAACCAGCAACAAUGAUCCUGUUCUUCUGGGAUAUGGAUCAAAAGGCAACAAAAUUCACUAUUCUGGGCCACUACUAGUUCCAUCAGGCAAAAUGGAUCAGAUGUUGAAAGAUCACGACCGCCAUGUCCAAGAAGCUGUAAGACGGGCACGCUUGGACAAGGCAAAAGCUAAGAAAAUUCAGAUUGAAGGGAACCAAUUAUCAGCCAAUUCAUUAUUUGUUUCUGGCCGUUGAGCGAAGCGGCCAAGAAGAGCGAAAAAAGAGAAGCGACUAUAGAAAAUCAUAGUUAGUAGGAGUACUUAUUAUCUUGUAAAAUGAGUUGAUUUGAAAAGGGUGAGGGGAGUUUGUAUAGAGGUUGUUUAAGGAAGGAUAGCAUUAGGAAAAUCUCAUGUUGUUCUGCUAUUAAAAUAUGUAACUCUCUCUAGAGGACUAGACAUUUGAGUCAUUCUUGCGGUUAUCUCCACCCUUGACAACUAAAGAAACCUGGCCACUAUUGUUUUCCUUUUCUGUACC